AUGGUGCGGUUCUACAAGCGGCGUUCAGAGCGGAAUAAUUGGCCACAAAGCAACCUGAAUGCGGCCAUCGAAGCUGUUAAAAAUGGAACACCGAUUCGUCGCGCUUCCGUCGUCUACCAAAUUCCGAGAGCAACGUUGAAAUGCUAUGUAAACAGUGUACGCCCGCCACAGAUCCAGAAACUUGGAGGAUUUUCCUGUGUGUUUACGGAAGCGCAAGAAUCGGAGCUACUGGACUACAUAUUGUUCAUAGAACAAAGCUUCUAUGGAAUCACCAUCAAGGAAAUCCGAAAAUUAGCCUUCGAUUUAGCUGAAAAAAAUGGCAUUAAUCAUCCAUUCAACAAAAAUUUCCGUAAAAGUUUCCGUAAGCGCCACCCGCAAAUCUCCCUUCGGUCGCCUGAAGCAACCUCAGCAGCCAGGGCACAAGGAUUUAACCGUGUAGCUGUGGACAAGUUUUUCGAUCUCUAUGAAACAAUUACCCGUUCGAAGAACAUUCCGGAUCACAGAAUUUAUAACGUGGACGAAACUUCCAUCGUUCCGGUCCAGUCCAAGCGAUCCAAAGUGCUAGCAUUACGGGGAAGGAGGCAAGGCGGCUGUUUGACUUCAGCUGAACGAGGAGUGUUAAGUACCGCUUGUAUUUGUAUGUCCGCUACCGGACACUUCAUCCCUCCAUUUGUAAUCUUCCCACGAGUUCGGAUGACGGACAGAUUGAAGCAAGGCGCACCUUCUGGAACCAUUUUCGCGUGCAAUCCCAGUGGCUGGACGACUUCAGAAGUUUUCAACAAAUAG